UAUGAUGUCUUUGUUAGCUUUAGAGGUCUAGAUAUCCUUGAAGGUUUUCUUAGCCAUUUGGUUGAAGCUUUAUCUCGAAAGAAAAUUGUUUUCUUUGUAGACAAUAAGCUUAGAAAAGGUGAUGAAAUAGCACAAUCACUUCUUGAAACUAUUGAAACAUCGUUGAUUUCUUUGGUCAUAUUCUCUCAAAACUAUGCUUCUUCGUCGUGGUGUUUGGAUGAGUUAGUCAAAAUUGUUGAGUGUAGGGAGAAAGAUGGACAUAUUUUAUUGCCUGUUUUCUACAAAGUUGAUCCUACAAUUGUGAGGCAUCAGAAGGGAACUUAUGCAAAUGAAUUUGUUGAACAUGACAAAAAGUACAAUUCAAGUAGGGUGAAACAGUGGAGAUCUGCUUUGAAGAAAUCUGCAGAUAUCUCUGGUUUUCAUUCAUCACAAUUUUUGUAUGAGUCUGAACUUAUUGAAGAAAUAGUUAAAAGUGUGUUGAAGAAGUUGGAUCAUGUGCGAAUAGUUAAUUCAAAAGGACUUGAUGGAAUUGAAAAACAAAUUGCACAUGUAGAAUCAUUGUUACAAGUAGAGUCACAAGAUGUUCGUGCUAUUGGAAUUUGGGGUAUGAGUGGUAUAGGAAAGACAAUUAUUGCAGAAGAAGUAUAUAAGAGGCUAUGUUCUGAAUAUGAACGUUGUUACUUUAAUGCGAAUAUAAGAGAAGAAUGGGGAGGACAUGUAAAUAUGUAUUUAAAGAAAGAUCUUUAUUCUACUCUAUUAGGGGAACAAGAUUUGAAAUUCAACACACUACUUGGAUUGCCCUAUUUUGUCGAGAGGAGGAUUCGUCGUAUGAAGGUUCUUAUUGUUCUUGACGAUGUCAAUGAUUCACGACAAGUAGAAACUUUAAUUGGAACACUUGAUUGGUUAGGAACAGAUAGUAGAAUCAUUAUAACAACUAAAGAUAAACAAGUUGUUGCGAAAAUGGUUGUUGAUAAUGAUAGAUAUGAAGUUAAAGCAUUGGACUUUGAUGACUCCUUUCGAUCGAUAAGCAUCUCACAAUGUCUCAAGAUCACUCAACACAUGGAAAUAGCUCGUGAAGUUUCAAAUAUAUCAAAUUCUAUAUCACUCGACACAUGGAAAUGGCUUAUGAAUAUAUUGAUUGAUGUAAUUUAUAAACUUGCAUUAACAAUUUUCAUAGGUUUAGUGACAUAUAAUGUGUUUUACUUUUGCGUUGACUUUUUCGCAGUUUUAGUCAACUUAACUGUGUUUUGCUUGUGCGUUUACGUGCCCAUACAAGUUCUAUUGAUGAUCUUGAAGAUGGUUUAUUCUUAAAAUAAGAAAAUUAUGUUUAAUGUA